AGGAGUUCGACAAAAAAGCCAUGCAGCAACGCGCGCUGAGCUGCGCGGGGAUUAGCUCCGUGUGCGCAGCUGCUGCGGCGUUGCUGACGCAGCCCAUGGAUGUGGUGAAGACACGAAUGCAGAUUCAUUCGGUGAUCACAUCUGGCAAAAGUGGCUACAAGUACUAUAAGGUGCCUCGCUUCUGGCGCACACUGAGAGAGAUGAUUUCAACCGCAGGCUGGCGAAGCCUCUGGGUUGGAUCAACCGCCAGGGUGCUGACCAUGGCGACUUCUGGCUUGCUCCUAGGCCCUUUGUUCGAGUAUGCGCACUUGGUCAGCACCGAUGCACCCAGGCCGCUCCGGCAGCGCUUGGUUCUGGGCGAGGAUCCUGGACGAACCAUCGUCCACCCUCGAUCCACCCGCGACAUGUUUAUCGACGUGAAGACUUGAUGCGAUCGCAAAAG